GGCCCCGGCUCGGCCCUGCGCGCCCCGCCAUGGCGGAGGUGGGGGGGGUCUUCGCCUCCUUGGACUGGGAUCUGCACGGCUUCUCCUCCUCUUUGGGGAAUGUGCCCUUAGCUGACUCCCCGGGUUUCCUGAACGAGCGCCUGGGCCAGAUCGAGGGGAAGCUGCAGCGCGGCUCGCCCACAGACUUCGCCCACCUGAAGGGGAUCCUGCGGCGCCGCCAGCUGUACUGCCGCACCGGCUUCCACCUAGAGAUCUUCCCCAACGGCACGGUGCAUGGCACCCGCCACGACCACAGCCGCUUCGGAAUCCUGGAGUUUAUCAGCCUGGCUGUAGGGCUGAUCAGCAUCCGGGGAGUGGACUCUGGCCUGUACUUAGGAAUGAACGAGCGAGGAGAACUCUAUGGGUCGAAGAAACUCACACGUGAAUGUGUUUUCCGGGAACAGUUUGAAGAAAAUUGGUACAACACCUAUGCCUCCACCUUGUACAAACAUUCGGAUUCGGAGAGACAGUAUUAUGUGGCCCUGAAUAAAGACGGCUCACCCCGGGAGGGAUACAGGACUAAACGACAUCAGAAAUUCACUCACUUUUUACCCAGGCCAGUUGAUCCUUCUAAGUUGCCCUCCAUGUCCAGAGACCUCUUCCGCUAUAGGUAACGGACCCCUAGUGUGACCACUGUGACCCGUGUACUCUGGGGCCACGGUUGUCUCUGCAAGCACUAUACUCAUAGCUUUUCAAUCCUCUUUCCUAUCAAUUUAGAUAACAGAGAAGCACUUACUGUUCGACUCUACCCAGCUGUUCCCUUGUUGUUCAAAGUGUAUAUCAAGGUUGGGUUAUUUUGGGGAGGGAUUUGUGGGGAGGGGGUGGGCUAGAGGGAAUCUUGUAUAUACUUUUUUCUUUACUCAUGUUCUUUCCCCUGAGGUGGCACAAGAAAGAAUGGGGGCCCCUGCCAAGGGUCAGGGAUGUCUUGCCCCCAAAAUCUACCCAAAUACCUUGACAAUGGGUAAAUGAAAGACCAAGGAAUCUGCCAUAGAUGCUACCUACAGAGCUUUAAAUAAAAAGUCUCAUUAAAAAAAUGCUUGGGGCUAGAGCCCUGCUGCAAGCCAUCUCUGCGUUGGCUCUGCAGAUUUCUCAUCUGUCCUGACAUGCAGUUUUCCUGCCACUGGAAGUGGGAGUUGGGGUAGCUUGUAAGAAAAUGAUAUUAAAAUGUAAGCAUGGAUACUGUGCAUAAGGACAAACUAUUUAUGAAGUGUAUAUG